GUUUUCAUACGUCACUUCCUGCGCGGCAGUUUAGCAGAACUAGCACUAAGUUAGCACUAAGUUGGCGUUUGAGGCGUAUUUCGACCUGCUCCGUUCGUACAAACUUCGCAAUCUUUUGCCGUGUUUGCAUCAAACUAGUUUGUCAUCUGACCCCACACGAACGGACGCUCACUUUUGUGUAAAACCACCGUGUCGCUGUAAGUUUUACUGUCGCCGCCCACGCUAGCAGCGUUAGCUCCUACCGCUCACACACUUUUUUUUUUGACAGUCACAGCUGUAAUGUUUAGCCCAGAUGUGCUCGCUUGGAUCGCUUGUUUGUAGGCGAGUCUGUGAAUGUUGAUCGUCAUGUCUAAGCAGCUGACCGCAGAGCAGCAGCGACAGAUUGAGGAGAAUAGACGGAGAGCUCUGGAGAGAAGAGCUCAGAGACUCGGACAGAGCAAGCAGACCUCAGCAGGCUUCAGCAGCACUUCAGUGCAGGUACAGCCAUCCAAACUGAGCUUUACCGCGGGUCCUGCUGCUCUUUCUCACCACAGAGAGACACCCAGCUCAGCUUCUGCACCGAAACUGUUUGUUCCACCCUUUAAAAAAGACACACAGAGCUUCUUCAACCUAAAACAAGGCCCAAAGCAUCAGCAAGUGUCUGGCAUUGGUAACCAAAUCAACCAGAGUACACUCUCUAACUCUGCUUCUUCCAGACAGAUACAAGUCAUCGAUCUGCUACCUCAGACGAAAAGUCCACAUGUGAGCAGCCCGGUCCUGUCUGGCGGAGGAAGCAGUGGUGUGAAGCCAGCUCAUCCCAGACCUAACCUCGCCUCCAGCAGCUCUGGUGGUGCAGCCGGUUCGUUCUACAAGCACACUAAUAAACCCGCCCAAAGUCCCGUGGCACAGCAAGCCUCAAACUCAUCAGCCUCGAGUGCUUUACCUGCAAAAAAGCCUGCCAUCUCUGUAAGAGGAAAAUGUGUACCUCACGCAGAGGACCGCUUCAGAGUAGAAGUGGGCUACCAUGCACAGCUUAUUGCCGUUUUCAAAGCCAUUCCCUCGAAGAACUAUGACCCUUCCACAAAGACGUGGAACUUCAGUCUGGAGGACUAUCAACAGCUAAUGGAGGAAGCAGCUGCUAUUGCCUCCGUGUCUUUGAGGCCUCUGGAGGGAAUGGACGCAGUGGACGUCGCAGCGGCCACCAGUCGAGCUCGUGACGGCGCGGCACUGGGGGCGCUGCUGAGGCUGUGCAACGGCUGGCAAAAACCUGGAGCCAUUCUGCAGGGCCAGUGCAUCCUGGUGUCUCAGACAAAGUUUGAGGUCGACAUCGGUUACCAUGUCGACGUCAUUGCGGCGUUCAAGCAGAUGCCGACAAAGAGCUACGACAUGAAAACACGAAAGUGGAGCUUUUCGCUUGAGGAUUACAAGAGACUCAUGGAUCUCCUCAGUGGGAUGGCAGCAGUGGAGGUGGAGCCUCUGCCCAGGGCAAUAGUCCAGGCUUUCUCUGCCAGGUUUGACGGGACGGAAGCCAGGUCUUUAGACGUCCCUGAGGCAGACCUCUCCAGCAUCGACCCCUCGCUCACACGCAGCCUCAUGCCCUUCCAGAAGGAGGGAGUCAAUUUUGCGGUGUCUACACAGGGCCGCCUCCUCCUGGCUGAUGACAUGGGCCUGGGAAAGACUGUGCAGGCCAUCUGUAUCGCAGCCUACUACAGGAAUGAGUGGCCCUUGCUAGUGGUGGCUCCCUCCUCUGUACGAUUCACCUGGGCUGAGGCGUUCAGACGCUGGCUCCCCUCCCUGAGUCCUGACAGCAUCAAUGUGGUGGUGAAGGCCAAAGACAACCUGCGGUCUGGUUUGGUCAACAUCAUCAGCUACGACCUCCUGAGCAGGAUGGACAAGCAGCAGCCAGGAAACUCCUUCAAUGUUCUCAUCAUGGAUGAGUCUCACUUUCUGAAGAACAUGAAAACCGCUCGUUGUAAAGCAGCCAUGCCUCUGCUGAAGGCAGCAAAAAGAGUGAUUCUUCUGUCCGGGACCCCUGCCAUGUCCAGACCUGCUGAGCUCUACACACAGAUUCUGGCUGUCAGACCUACGCUCUUCCCUCGCUUCCAUGAGUUUGGGAUGCGCUACUGCGAUGCCAAACAGAUGACUUGGGGGUGGGACUACUCUGGCUCAUCCAACCUCGGGGAGUUAAAGCUGUUGCUGGAGGAAUCUUUGAUGUUGCGCCGCCUGAAAUCCGACGUCCUCUCCCAGCUUCCUGCUAAACAACGCAAGGUCGUCACAGUGACCAUAGAUGGUAUCAACACCCGUAUAAAAGCCGCUCUGUCAGCUGCUGCAAAGCAGUUGGCCACAAGAAACCGCAAUAAAAAGGAAGAGAAGGAAGCCCUCCUCGUCUUUUAUAACCACACAGCUGAAGCCAAGCUGCAAGCCAUUAUGGAGUACAUCACAGACAUGCUGGAGGGUGGGAGGGAGAAGUUUCUAGUGUUCGCCCAUCACAAGUUAGUUCUGGAUCAUAUCACCACCGAACUGGGAAAAAAGAAUGUCAAUUACAUCCGUAUUGAUGGGGCCACUCCGUCCGCUGAACGGCAGCAGCUGUGUGACAAGUUCCAGUACACGACAAAGACCUGCGUGGCUGUACUGUCCAUAACUGCAGCUAAUAUGGGUCUCACCCUGCACUCUGCUGACCUGGUGGUCUUCGCUGAGCUCUUCUGGAACCCCGGGGUUCUCAUUCAGGCAGAGGACAGGGUGCACCGUAUUGGACAAACCAGCAAUGUGAAUAUUCACUACCUGGUUGCCAAGGGAUCUGCUGAUGAUCACCUGUGGCCAAUGAUCCAGGAAAAAAUGAACGUUUUGGAGCAAGUGGGUCUGUCCGAGUCAAACCUCUCAGACAAAGCAGUGUCCGCCAGCUUCCACUCUAAGGACCCUAACCAGAGGAGCAUCAUGGAGAUGUUCCAGAGGUCUUUCUCUGAGGAUGACAACAUGGACGAAGCCCUCUUACUGGAGGUUGCAAAUGACUGGGAGGACACGCCUCCUGAAAAUAGUUCUGGUCAACACCACGUUAUGGUCGGACAAAGCCCCAGCAAAAGGAGCAUCAAAGACUUUUUCAGCAGAUGAUUUGGAAACUUAAUUCCAUUUUGAAAAAUUAUAUUAACGUCACUUUGUUUUCCUUUAUUGGGGGGGGGGGCUCAGUUCCUUGUUUUUAUCCUAUCAUGACAGAUGAGAAUUUAGUUUCAAAUUCUUUGUUAUAUAACCUUGUUAUUUUAAUAGACACAAAAUAAUAAACCAAUAUUUUUGUUUGCUAAUGAGAGAAAAAUAACUGUCUGACUCAAGGUUUUUCAAGUGUAACCUGACUGGUUACUAUGGGUAUGGGAUUUUCAAUUGAUCCACCAGCCAUAAUAACACCAAUAACUUUGUUGUAGCGUUUAUAACUUGUUAUUUUCAACAGUUUGAAAGCCUAAUCACUUAUUCAUAUUGUUACAACAUAAGAGGUUAAAAAAGAUCUAAAUAAACAAUUCAAGAUGGA